AUGAAUCCCGCACCGGCCGCCUCCCGCCGCCGUCUCCCGCACGUCUCUUCGGCUUCACCCGCCGCCGCGGUCAAGUCUCUCUUUCCCACCGAGCUCUCGCCGGUCUCAGAUCUCCGCCUCACUAUGGAGCAGCUGGGACACGGUCAGCAUGAAAAUACUGCACAAGACCUGGGAAACAAGAGUGCCAAUGGUUUGCAAAGAACAGUGUCCUCAGAAUCAACAGACUCAGGUUGUGCCUUGGACUCUCCUGGCACUCCGACCCCCAGCGACAUCAGAGAGGAAACAUUUGAGAAGGCAAUUCUUGCAUCUAGCAGGCUGAACCUUCGACUGCCUCUCAGAAGAAUACAUUCACUGCCGCAAAGACUCCUGGGCUCCAGUCCUGCUCUGAAGAGAAGCCAUUCGGAUUCCACGGAUUGUAAUGCUUUUCAGCUUUUAGAACAGAAUGAGAAUAAGGAGAAUGAAUCAUUUGAGUUUAAGAAGCCAGCCAAGCCAGCUUCUCGGAGUUCUGCACACAUCCAUGAUGGGAAGAGUGUUCUUGGCCAAAGGCAGAACUCAGCCCUGGCUGAGGAGUUUCCCAGUCAAGAAAUGCCCACGGGUGAACUGGAAAACUACAGGCCAGCUUUCCUGCAGCAGCCUUCCCUGACCUGCUCUGAAAGCGAAGAUGACGACGGAUUCCUGGAGCUCUUAGACGAGCAAGAUCUGAAAAACGAUGAGGAGAUGCCAUCGGACGUGGCGAGCCUCUGGACCGCGCCGCUGGUCAGCAGGAGGCCGGACAGCCGGGCCAGGCGAUGCCGCCUCUUUGGCUCUUCGUCUCUGCCCAGUGGUGUGAGCAGAACCACCCAGAAAAGAAUGGAGAGGUCCCAGGAGGAGAGUUCUCCAGGGAAAAGCAAGAAGAGGAAAAGCCUGCCUGGAGCACAGUCUGAAGACUCAGUGAACACAAAAAUAGUAAAGACGCAAUCCUCUGCAGCAGAAAUUGAGAGCAUUUUGGCCAGUGACCAGAGGGACCUUAUUGGUGACUUCUCAAAGGGUUAUUUGUUCCACACUGUUGAUGGGAAGCAUCAAGAUUUAAAGUACAUUGACUCAGAAAUGAUUGUGUCUGUCCUGACUGGGAAGUUUGCAAGCUUCAUUAAGCAGUGUGUGAUCAUUGACUGCCGCUAUCCGUACGAGUACGAAGGAGGACACAUCAAGGAUGCUGUAAACCUCCACAUGGAGGAGGAUGUGGAAGAUUUCCUGCUUAAGAACCCCAUCCCUCCCUCCAAGAACAAACGGGUGAUCGUCGUCUUCCACUGCGAGUUCUCCUCGGAGCGGGGGCCCCGCAUGUGCCGCUUUGUGAGGGAGCGGGACAGGCUGGGGAAUGAGUACCCCAACCUGCAUUACCCUGAGCUCUACGUCCUCAAGGGGGGGUACAGGGACUUCUUCCUGCGGUGCCGGAGCUUCUGUGAGCCCCAGAGCUACCGCCCCAUGCACCACGAGGACUUUAAAGAAGACUUGAAAAGAUUUCGCACCAAGAGCCGAACCUGGGCCGGCGAGAGGAGCAAACGGGAGCUGUACAGCCGCCUGAAGAAACUCUGAGGGCCAAAAAAGUGAACAAAGACUGCACCCCGUGGCGGGGGGAAGGCUGCAGCCUGCUCCUUGCUGGUGGUUAUCUGGUGUUUGCUCUCAUCUCUUGGGGAAUCCAAUCCCAUCCUGCUGGGAAUGCUGCGGUCACCGCUGGAACUGAGCAACCUGGGAGCUGGCUGGAGCUGGCUUUGGGGCUGUGUGCUGCUCCAUGGGAACGACUUUGCACAUCACCACAUCCCCCAGCUGGUGGAGGAGGCUGCGGUGCCGUGCGUGGGGCACGGCUGGGGCGAGCAGUGAGGGUCUUUUAGUGCUGGUAGCUUUUUAAAUGCCUUGUUUUAAUUUAAAUACAGUCCGACCAAGCUUAA